GCGCCGCGAAAGUGAGCAGUGGAGCCACGGCGGAGAGUCGCUGGUUUAUUUGCCGUUAAUUUGUUGGUCGUCGUUUUCCGGAAGCGUCGAGUCGACUGACGGCCGCGCGCUGUACGACACAAACACACCCGCGCGUGGCUCGUGCACGUUUGAGCCGAAAGAAGCUGUUUGGAGCUCCGCGUGACAGAAGACGAUCUGCUGGACGAGCAGGUUGAUCCCCGCCGGUCCCACUUGGCUGCUGCUCGGAGGAUGAGGACAACCAUGAAGAGGACACAGGUGCAUUAUGGUUUGGACCGUCCACGUCUGUCCCCUCGUCUGUCCCCUCGUCCCGCGCCAAGAGGAUGUGUGAGCGAGAGCAGCGGAGACGGCGCAGACAGACAGGUGAGGACGGGUCCUGGUGGUCCAGACUGAGACAGACAGGUGAGGACGGGUUCUGGUGGUCCAGACUGAGACAGACAGAGAUGACGGAGGACGAGAUGAUGGACGUGGCUUUGAGACGGAGUGAGGAGGAGGCCCGGGUGUCCUCAGUCAAUUUCGAGGGGGAGGAGGGGGAGGAGCCACGGGAGGAGGGGGAGGAGCCAUGGGAGGACGAGGAGGAGACGACAGUGAGGAGAUUCGUCCACCAUCCAUUGGCCCACGCCUCGGCCCGGAGCUCCAGACGGAAGCCGUCCUCCCCGGGGGGGCGUUCCCGGCGUCGGCCUCAGAGGAGGGGGGCGGCCAGUCCUCCGCCGGACGCCACCCAGUGGUCUCAGGCCCCGCCCCGCAGCCCCGGCUCUCCACAGGGCGCGGGUUCCACGCAGACGGAGAACCGGGCCUCCUGCGGCUCCCCGGUCUCCCAGUCCGGCUGCAGGGCGGAGGUCCUGGUGGACCAGCUGGACGGCGCCGUGUUGCGGAGCUGCAGGACUUGGGGUUUUGUGCAGUGGUCUCAGGACAGCUGGACCCCCCCGCGGCGCCCCCGGAGCCCCGCCCCCUCAGGGACCGGUGGGCGGAGCCCGGUGUUCGGGGGGACGGCCCGGCAGGACGAAGCCUCGGCGUUCGCCUCCCAGGAACUUCCGGGAAGCCCCGCCCCCCCCAGAAGCCCCGCCCUCCCGGCCGACGCCCCCAGAAGCCCCCCCGGAGGCCAGGGGCCCGCCGGGGACGGCCCCUCGGACUGCAGCUCUCCUCUCUCCGGUUCUACCAAGACCUCCAUCCACUUCCCGUCUGGGUCCCCGGGUUCUGCCGGGACCGUGUGGAUGGACCAGAACAUGAUGCCCAGCCCCGUUUUCCAUCAGGAGGACCGGGACCGGGACCAUGGAGAGGCUCUGGAGGACCGGGACCGUGGAGAGGCUCUGGAGGACCGGGACCGUGGAGAGGCUCUGGAGGACCGGGACCGUGGAGAAGCUCUGGAGGACCGGGACCGUGGAGAGGCUCUGGAGGACCGGGACCGUGGGGAGGCUCUGGAGGACCGGGACCGUGGAGAGGCUCUGGAGGACCGGGACCGUGGAGAGGCUCUGGAGGACCGGGACCGGGACCCGCAGAACAUCCACUACUACUGGGGCGUCCCGUUCUGCCCUGCAGGGCUGGACCCAGACGUCUACACCCAGGUGAUCCUGGCUCAGCUGGAGGUCCAGGAGAAGUGUCUGAAGCAGGCUCAGAGGCGUCUCCUCAUUAAAGCCCCCUGGGGGGCGCCGGUCCUGCCCCGGCUGCAGGAGCGUGUUUCUCCGGAGCCUCCUCAGCCUGCUGCCUCCAGGCUGCGAGUGAGGAGUGGACAGCAGCCGGAUGGAGGGAGGAGCCUCGAGGAGGACGAGGCGGGUGGAGACGGAGGGGACUCUCAGGUGGAGACGGACUGCGAGGUUUGUCCAGAAACUCAGCUGAGCGGCGUUAGCAUUCCGGAGCUCGCCAUGGACACCGAGGACCAAGACAAGCCUGUAGGAUCGAGUCCUGAGCUGCACCUUGUUUCCAGAGGCGACUCAGCAGCUGGUGAGGGGGGGCGGCUGGAGGAGGUGGAGGAGCGAGGGGGUCCGGAGGUGGAGGAGGUGGAGGAGCGAGGGGGUCCGGAGGUGGAGGAGGUGGAGGAGCGAGGGGGUCCGGAGGUGGAGGAGGUGGAGGAGCUGGAGGCGGAGGAGGCGGUCUCUCCCGUCAGCCGGCCAGCCGUGGACUGUCCUCUGUGUCGGAGGCCGUUCGCCACCGACCGGAUCGAGCUGCAUGCGGCGUACUGUGACGGGGAGGCGGGGCCAGACCCCCAUCUCCAUGUGAAGGUGAAGCUCCGCAGGGCGAGGAGGAGGCCCGCUGCGACCUCUGACCCCGGCCACCCCGACAGAGUGUGUGUGUUGUCGGUCCUGGCAGUGAUGUGGUGGACCUGCGGGACGACGAUGACGGAGACGGAGACGGAGACGGAGACGGAGCGGCGUCCCGGACCAGCCGCUCCCCCAUCAGGACCUUCACCCCCAUCUCUGAGGCCACCGACUGCCUGCUGGACUUCCGGAGGCAGCGAGCCAAGAAGCCGUCCAGCAGGCGGCGCUGAGAGCGAGGGGGCGGAGCUUCUGCUUCUAUGACCAGUGACAGCAGGAUGUCUAACUCUGGGGCGGGGUCUCUACAUGUGGGCGGGGCCUGAUGUUGAGCAGCAGCAUCUCCUAAAGAGGAGGAGGUAAUGUGCAAGAUAUGGCCUGCUAGCAUCCCGGGCCCUGCUAGCUGCCCUGCUAGCUUCCCUGCUAGCUGCCCUGCUGGCGGCUCUGCUUUAGCGGCCCUGCUAGCUGCCCUGCUAGCUUCCCUGCUAGCUGCCCUGCUAGCUUCCCUGCUAGCUGCCCUGCUAGCGGCUCUGCUUUAGCGGCCCUGCUAGCGACCCUGCUUUAGCAGCCGUGCAAGCGGCUCUGCUAGCGGGCCUGCUUUAGCAUUCCUGCUUAGUGGCCCUGCUUUAGCGGCCAUGCUAGCGGCCCUGUUUUAGUGGCCGUGUUAGCCGCCCUGAUUUAGCGGCCCUGCUAGCCACCCUGCUUCAGCGGCCCUGCUUUAGCGGCCCUGCUAACGGCCAGGCUAGCCGCACUGCUUUAGCGGCCCUGCUAGCGGCCCUGCUUUAGUGUUCCUGCGUAGCAUCCCUGCUUUAGUGGCCCUGCUAACGGCCAGGCUAGCCACCCUGCUUUAGCGGCCCUGCUUUAGUGUUCCUGCGUAGCAUCCCUGCUUUAGCGGCCCUGCUAACGGCCAGGCUAGCCACCCUGCUUUAGCGGCCCUGCUUUAGUGUUCCUGCGUAGCAUCCCUGCUUUAGCGGCCGUGCUAGUGGCUCUGCUUUAGCGUUCCUGCGUGGUGUCCCUGCUAGCCUCCCUGCUUUAGCGGCCCUGCUAGCCGCCCUGCUUUAGCGUCCCUGCUAGCCGCCCUGCUAGCUGCCCUGCUUUAGUGUCCCUGCUAGCCGCUCUGCUUUAGCGUCCCUGCUAGCCGCCCUGCUUUAGCGUCCCUGCUAGCCGCCCUGCUUUAGCGUCCCUGCUAGCCGCCCUGCUUUAGCGUCCCUGCUAGCCGCCCUGC